AAAAGUAACUUACAGUGGUGAUAUUGACUGCAAAUUAUGCAACAUUGCAUUUGCUAAUGCAAGAUUAUUAAGGAUACACCUCUUAUCUUCACAUCACGUGGAAAAAGAGAAGGAACUAGUAUCUCGCUAGAAAAGUGCACGUUAUCUAUUUAUUUUAGAAGUCUUUUAUGAUUGUGAUUUUUUUUUUGUGCACAGAAGAGCUGUGUAUUUUUAUAAUGGCUAUACUUUUGUAAGUAUUAAUAUCUCUACACUCUUUUGAAAUACCAGAAGAUUUAAUCAAUAAAUACAAGUUUUGUAAAUACAAUGUGUUAGUCAGUAUUUGAUUUGGCACACUUCCUCUAGUCUUGUUUAGGUUGCCAUCUUGUUUCAUAUUCCGAUAUUCUUGGUUGGAAAGGUCUUUACAGAACGCAAUGUGAUAAGUUAUGCAAGACCUGCAACAAAAAAAUAUAAUUUGUUUACACAAAAGCUAAAUAUAAUUUAUAACGAUUUAUUGUCAUAAAUGAUUGAGAAUGCAUGAAUGUAAAAAUUCUGUGAAAGGAUCAUUUUUGCUUGAAAUCUUCAAAGUCUUGACUUUCUGCAGCAUAUUGUUUGACAACUUCAUGCUUGCAAGAGAGUUCUAGGUUCGAUAAAGUAUUUAGCAGAAAAUCAUGUAUUUGGUUACUUCAAACUCUUCCUUUAUACACAUGGAAAAGUGACAAAUUUUUUCAGAACAUAAUAUAUCUGUUACAUUAUCUGUAAUUCUACAUUAUCUGUUUGUAAUCAAAUCCAUAUUAUUUCUGGAUUCAUUAUAAUGUUAAUAUAAGAAUUCUGUAAUACAGUACACAGUACAAUCAGGACAUAUCAGUAGUUUUGUUUUCAUAGUUCAUGAUCAGCCCAUCAAUAAUACGAGAUAAAGAACUGAAAAAUUUGGUAGCCUAUAAUUAUAAGAUCCAGGGGGGAUAUUGUUCCUAAAAAAAAGAAGCUAGUAUGCUUUUAGAUUUUAAGGGGAAAAAGUUUUGUAUUAUUAUUUUACUAUGGAAGUGUGCAGCUUUGUUUUCUAUUUGCAAUCUUUUUGUUGUUUGUCAUUGAUGAAAUAGAUAGCUCACAUUUUUAUUGCAAUGUAGCCUAAUUAAAUUUGCCCACUUGGUAGCUAAGUUCAAAUAAUAAUUUUGAUGGAAACCUAAUGAAGUUCCUACUUUCAAAUUAAUGUUCACUAGAGUGGAUCAAAACCUAAAAUUCAUUGUUGCUUGCUAGAUUCUGCAAAGAAAGUAGCAAGCAUACAAUCACUCAAAUCUUAUAUUUCUAAUUGGUAAAGAAGUAUUUGAUUAGUUCUAGGGAAAAUUCUUACAUUAGAAACUGUCUUUUCAGGGCAAGCUAAAAUUGAAGUUCUUGAUUUACUCUAACAUUCACAUUCCUGUUAUGAAAACAAUGAGACUGAAACAAACCUUUUACAGGAGCAUGAAGGAUUCGUUUCUGUACUAUUAAAGAAUUCUUUCAGAUUAUUUUUUCUGAAGAGUUUUGUUGUCAGACCCCCAAGAGAUAAGGAUCAAUUAAAUUCUAUUAUAAUUUAUUAUGAUCAUAUCUGGGCUUGUAGGAAUAGGUGCCCCUCCUAGAAAUAGUGCUAAACUUGAGUAUUUUAACUGUUACUAAUUAAAUUAAAAGUAACUAACUACCUAAUUAAAUUUUUGGCCUUCCGAAUAUGGUUGAGUUUCAUUGCAUGAUGUGCAACUCAGUUUGCAUAACCUGUAAGUGUUACCCAAAAAUUUCAUAUUUUUAAGCAGACUUCAAGAUUUCUAUUUUGAAGGGAUCAGUACAAUAUUAUAUCCUUUCUUUGCUUUGGCAAGUUCAUUUAGAAAUAUUUUUUUUACUUGUAAGAGAGAACAUCAGAUUACAACUGAAAAAAUUACAAUCGGUUUAAGUAUGUACAAAGUUUUUACUUACAUAAAAUUCUUAAACUAUCCUUGAUAGAAUUCUUUGUUUUUAGAAUGUUAGAACGCUUGUUUUAGUAAAAUUGAAAAGAAAUGGAAGUGUUCCUAUUAAUGUUCUUUCAAUAUAAUUGUAUUUCAGACAUAUGUAGUCUCCUACACCCACACAUGCAUGCAAGCUCACACAUAUUCUUAUUGUCCUGGUGAAAAUUAAUGUUUCCACACCAAGAACAUAAGAUCAUAGUGUAAUGAUCAUAUCUAUUUUUUGUGAUUCAGAUGUAACUUAUUGAUUUAGCUAUUAGUACCUUUUUUGUGCUUGUUAUGUAAUAAAGAACAUCCAAACACGA